AUGGGUGCCGUCGUAUCUUGCAUCAAGUCUCUCUUCCAAACUAUCGGUGCUUGCAUCAUGGCCGUAGUCAACGGAAUCGCAAGUAUCCUCAAGGCCAUCAUCAACGCUAUCGCCAACUUCUUCGGCAUCAUCGUCUCCUGCUUGACCUGCGGUCGUGGCGGCGGACGUCGUAGAGUCGAUCUCGCAUGUGUGAUGGAUAGGAAUGAGGUUUUGAUACAGGUCAAGGUGGAUGGGAGCUUGUAA